AUGCCCUUCAACGCCAUUCUUCCGUUCCAGGGUGCCCAGCCGAUGAGCACCAUGGCAACCCCUCCUCAUAUGUCAAUGCGCCAGAGGCAAAGGUCUGGAACACCACCAGUGACGAUACCAGUCCCGGAGAAAAAGUACAUGGAGAGAGCGUCAAACCCACCGCGAAGGCGUAAUUCGCCGAGACCCCUCCUGAUCAUUCUCGACCUGAACGGCGCUCUCAUCUUACGAAAACACAAGCGGUUACCACCUAGCUUCACACGACGUGCAGGUCUGAACGAGUUCCUUGAGGUAUUAACAAGGAAACACUCCGUGAUGGUCUGGUCCAGCUCAAAACCUCAGACGGUGAAGGCCAUUUGCGAGAGACUGUUCCCCGGCGAAAAAGAAAAAGGUCUUGUGGCGCAGUGGGGACGAGACAGAUUCGGCCUCACGAGUGUACAGUACAACUCCAAGCUGCAAGUGUACAAGGAGCUGCACAAAGUAUGGGCAAGUCCCGAGGUCCAAGCUACAUACCCAGGCAACAAUCCCGCGGAUAGCACAUUCUCCGAGGGUCACCGUUGGGACCAAAGCAACACGGUCCUUAUCGACGACAGCAAACUCAAAGCUCUCAGCGAACCAUAUAACAUCCUCGAAAUCCCCGAAUUCACCAAUGAUCCCGCCACCAACGACUCAACGCUCUUUACGAAAGUUCUCGCUCGCCUCGACUACCUCUCACACCACGACGACGUGAGCAAAGUAUUCCGCGUGUGGAAUGAGCAAGCGACGAAAGAGAAGCGCUCGAUCUUGAAUAUACACCUGCCCUCUCUCGAAGAAACUUGUCCCGUCGAGGUAUAUGACGAUGAGGACGGUGGAGUCAGUCUACGUCAAAUCCCCUCCGCCGAGCAGGCUCGCGCCAGGGAACAGGCACAGGACAUUCCUGCGCAGACUGAAUUGAAUACGGAACCGGAAAAGAAACAAAAAACACGCCUCACCAGGAAUGAGCGCAGGAAGAACGCAGCAUUAAGGAAGGCACAAGCCAAAAUCGACGAGGAGACCAGUGUUCCGCAGGCCAAUGCCGAAGCCGAAGCAGCUCCCGUUGACAAUGAGAACAUACUCUCCACUGUCAACCCCAAUCCCGUGCCCAACCCCGAACCCAGCAAGAAGAAGAAGAAAAAGAAGAAGAACAAGUCAAAGAAGGGCAAAGGGGCCCCUGAGCCAACCGAACCCAGCCCCGAAUCCACUGGUCCCCGCUAUAACUUCCGGUCCCAUGGCAUCGUGGAGACAACAGAGACUACAGACACGAACUACGACCCUGGACUUAUCAAUCCGGCCGCCGAUCCUGUCAUCAACUCAAUCGAGACAGCGCCUGGCUCUCAAGUCCCAAUGGAUCCACGCCCGCGCUCUCCAUCAUCCGCGUCUGAGUCCGGUUCUGAUAACUCGUUAUUGGACCGAUUAGAAGAAGGGCUCGGGUUUCCGAGACAAUGA